CCAGACAGGCCUGGGAUGGCAGUGGGGCUGUGGGUCAGGAGUGAGGGGCACCGGCAGAGAUCAGUGUCCGUCCCCACCCCCAGCCCGGUCGAUCCGGUUUCCCCGGGAGACGUUGCCAAGGCCCUGGGGUUUCGGUGCCACCCUGUUUGCGCUGGGAUCAAGGGCCCGUUUCCCUCUGGCUCCGGCCGCCCCCUCCCCGCCCCGUGGACUCCAACCCCAGCCGCGCGCCGGGCCAGGCAGCAGCGGCGCCAUGGCCGGGGCCCUGGCCGCCCCCGCUCUCCUGCUCUGCGCCGCCCUGGCCCUCGGCGCCCGGGCCGACGAGCUGCUGGCCAGCACCCGGGCGGGGCAGGUGCGGGGCCUGCGGGUGCCCGUCCUCUCGGGCCAGGUCUCCGCCUUCCUGGGCAUCCCGUACGCCGAGCCGCCCGUGGGCCGGCUGCGCUUCCGCCGGCCGGAGCCCAAGCGGGGCUGGAGCGGGGUGCUGGACGCCGGCGCCUACCGCCAGGCCUGCCACCAGUACGUGGACACCCUCUACCCCGGCUUCCCCGGCACGGAGAUGUGGAACCCCAACCGGGAGAUGAGCGAGGACUGCCUGUACCUCAACCUGUGGGCGCCCUCCCCGCGGCCCCGCAACGCCACCGUGCUGGUCUGGAUCUACGGCGGCGGCUUCUACAGCGGCGCCGCCUCGCUGGACGUCUACGACGGGCGCUACCUGGCCCACGCCGAGCAGGUGGUGGUGGUCUCCAUGAACUACCGGGUGGGGGCCUUCGGCUUCCUGGCCCUCUCGGGCAGCCAGGAGGCGCCGGGCAACGUGGGGCUGCUGGACCAGCGCCUGGCGCUGCAGUGGGUGCAGGGCAACAUCCACUUCUUCGGGGGCAACCCCCAGGCGGUGACCAUCUUCGGGGAGAGCGCCGGGGCCGCCUCGGUGGGCAUGCACCUGCUCUCGCCCGGCAGCCGCCCGCUCUUCCGCCGCGCCAUCCUGCAGAGCGGGGUGCCCAACGCCCCCUGGGCCACCGUGGCCCCGGCCGAGGGCCGGCGCCGGGCCGGCCAGCUGGCCAAGCUGGUGGGCUGCCCGCCGGGCAACGACUCGGAGCUGGUGGCCUGCCUGCGGGACAAGAGCCCGCAGGAGCUGAUCGACCAGGAGUGGCAGGUGCUGCCCCACCAGAGCGUCUUCCGCUUCUCCUUCGUGCCGGUGGCCGACGGGGACUUCUCCGGCGAGGUGCCCGAGGCCCCGGCGGGCGCCGGCGGCUUCCGGGAGACCCAGGCGCUGGUGGGGGUGGUGCGGGACGAGGGCACCUACUUCCUGAUCUACGGGGCGCCCGGCUUCAGCAAGGACAACGAGAGCCUGAUCAGCCGGGAGGACUUCCUGGGCGGGGUGCGCAUGGGGGUGCCCCAGGCCAACGACCUGGCGGCCGAGGCCGUGGUGCUGCAAUACACCGACUGGCUGGACCAGGACAACCCGGUGAAGAACCGGGAGGCCAUGGACGACAUCGUGGGCGACCACAACGUCAUCUGCCCCGUCACCCACUUCGCCCUGCGGCUGGCCGAGCGGGGCGCCCGCGUCUACUCCUACUUCUUCGACCACCGCGCCUCCAACAUGCUGUGGCCCCCCUGGAUGGGGGUGCCCCACGGCUACGAGAUCGAGUUCGUCUUCGGCCUGCCCCUCGACCCCGGCCUCAACUACACGGCCGAGGAGGCCGCCCUCAGCCGCCGCAUGAUGCGCUACUGGGCCAACUUCGCCCGCACCGGGGACCCCAACGAGGCGUCGGAGCGGGGCGCGCGCUGGCCCCCCUACACCCCGCGGCAGCAGCAGUACGUGCGGCUGAACCCGCGCCCCCUGGCUGUGGGGCAGGGGCUCCGGGCCCAGGUCUGCGCCUUCUGGAAUCGCUUCCUGCCCAAGCUGCUCAACAUCACUGAGCCAUGCGCUGCAACCGACCGGGGUCCCGGGCCCCCCCCAGCCCCACUGCCCCUCCUCGCCCUCCUCCCCCUCCUCGCCCUGCGGCUCAGGCCCUGAGAGCGGAUCCUGCAUGCACCGGACGGCUGGGCGGGGGCGGGGCGGGGGAGCCCUGGCCCUCACGGGGUCGGCUCGAGGCGGAGCCGGCCCCAGACGGGGGCAGUUCGGCACCUGUGGAACUCCUGGCCACUAGGGGGCACCAAGCCGGAGCUCAAUGAAUCGGCCACUAGGGGGCACCGAGCCGGAGCUCAAUGAAUCGGCCACUAGGGGGCACCGAGCCGGAGCCUGGGGAACUCCUGGCCACUAGGGGGCACCGAGCCGGAGCCUGGGGAACUCCUGGCCACUAGGGGGCAGCGAGCCGGAGCUCAAUGAAUCAGCCACUAGGGGGCACCGAGCCGGGGCCUGGGGAACUCAUGGCCACUAGGGGGCACCGAGCCGGAGCUCAAUGAAUCGGCCACUAGGGGGCACCGAGCCGGAGCUCAAUGAAUCGGCCACUAGGGGGCACCGAGCCGGGGCCUGGGAACUCCUGGCCACUAGGGGGCACCGAGCCGGAGCUCACUGAAUCGGCCACUAGGGGCCAGCGAGCCGGAGCUCACUGAAUCGGCCACUAGGGGGCAGCGAGCUGUUGCCAGGGGGACAGCGCCCCGCCCCGCCCCAGGGGGCAUUUCCUAGCCAGGAUUUUAACACUCAGGCCGCGGCCGAGAGCAAUGGCAGCUCCGCUGCUCCGACGCCGCUGCCGGCCCCCCCAGCAGGGGAACAGGGGCUGGGGGAGGUGGGGCGGCAGGGAGAGGGCGGAGCCUUGCCGCACAAGCACCGCAGGGCCGCACCUCUGUGCACAGGUAGACGCACGCGCGGCACAUGGGCUGCCCACACCCGCGCUGCGGGCGCACGCUGCCACGCGGUGCACACUCGCUCCACCCGUACCCGGCGCGCACUGCACACCAUUCGCAACCGCCGCCCCCGGCCGCGCUGCACAUGGGCACUGCACGCGCACUGCGUGAACGCUGCACACGGACACACCGCACGCGCACUGCGUGAACGCUGCACACGGGCACACCGCACGCGCACUGCGUGCACGCUGCACACGGGCACACCGCACGCGCACUGCGUGCACGCUGCACACGGGCACACCGCACGCGCACUGCGUGCACGCUGCACACGGGCACACCGCACGCGCACUGCGUGAACGCUGCACACGGGCACACCGCACGCGCACUGCGUGAAAGCUGCACACGGGCACACCGCACGCGCACUGCGUGCAC